CACCUUUUUCUUUCUCAGGUUGAGCAAGUGAAAUUACUUGACCGAUUCAGUAGCAGCAACAAGGCACUGACAGGGACCCUGUACCUCACGGCCACACAUCUGUUGUUCAUAGACUCUCACCAGAAAGAAACCUGGAUCUUGCACCACCACAUUGCCUCGGUGGAGAAGCUGGCUCUGACGACGUCGGGGUGCCCACUGGUGAUUCAGUGCAAGAACUUCCGGACUGUGCAUUUCAUCGUUCCCAGAGAAAGAGAUUGCCACGACAUCUACAACUCUCUACUACAGCUGUCAAAGCAAGCAAAAUAUGAAGACCUCUACGCAUUCUCUUAUAACCCCAAACAAAACGAUUCAGAAAGACGGCGAGGCUGGCAGCUCAUUGACCUUGCGGAGGAGUAUCAGAGGAUGGGGGUGCCGAAUUCAAACUGGCAGCUGUCUGACGCCAACAGGGAUUACAAGAUUUGCGAAACUUACCCCAAAGAGCUUUAUGUUCCCCGAAUAGCAAGCAAGCCAAUAAUUGUUGGUAGUUCCAAGUUCCGGAGCAAGGGGCGGUUCCCUGUUCUUUCCUACUAUCAUCAGAGUAAGGAGGCUGCCAUUUGUCGAUGUAGUCAGCCACUGUCAGGAUUCAGUGCCCGGUGCCUGGAGGACGAGCAUUUGCUUCAGGCCAUCAGCAAAGCCAACCCAGCCAACCGCUACAUGUACGUCGUGGACACCAGGCCCCGGCUGAAUGCCAUGGCCAACAGAGCAGCUGGAAAAGGUUAUGAAAAUGAAGACAACUACUCUAAUAUUAGGUUUCAGUUUGUUGGGAUUGAAAACAUUCACGUCAUGCGGUCCAGCCUUCAGAGACUGUUGGAAGUCAGCGGCACCAGAGGGCUGUCUGUCGGCGACCUCUACUCCGGCCUGCAGAGCUCGGGGUGGCUCCGCCACGUCCAGGCCGUCCUGGGCGCCGCAGUCGUCUUAGCCAAGGCGGUAACGACCGAGAGCGCCAGUGUGUUGGUCCAUUGCUCUGAUGGCUGGGACAGGACCUCCCAGGUUUGCUCCCUGGGCUCCCUCCUGCUGGAUCCCUACUACAGGACAGUCAGAGGAUUCAUGGUUUUAAUAGAAAAGGAUUGGAUCUCCUUUGGACAUAAGUUUUCAGAGAGGUGUGGCCAUCUGGACGGGGACCCCAAAGAAGUCUCCCCGGUGUUCACUCAGUUCUUGGAAUGCGUGUGGCAUCUGACCGAACAGUUUCCACAAGCCUUCGAAUUCAAUGAAGCGUUUCUUCUUCAGAUCCACGAACAUAUUCAUUCAUGCCAAUUUGGAAACUUUAUUGGAAACUGUCAGAAGGAAAGAGAAGAACUCAAGCUGAAGGAGAAGACGUACUCGCUGUGGCCGUUUCUGUUGGAAGAUCGAGAGAAGUACUUAAAUCCUCUCUACCGGCCCCAGGCUCAGGAAUUUGCAGUUUUGGAACCAAAUACAGUGUCUUUCAAUUUCAAGUUUUGGAGAAACAUGUACCACCAGUUUGAUCGAACUUUGCAUCCUAGGCAGUCUGUAUUUAAUAUAGUUGUGAAUAUGAAUGAGCAAAAUAAACAGUUGGAGAACGACAUUAAGGACUUAGAAUCUCAAAUUAAGAAACGUAAAAAUAAGCAAGCAGAUGGAGUUCUCACCAAGGAAUUGUUAAAUUCAGUUCGUCCUGAAUCACCUAUGCUCAAAACUUCCUUGUGUUUUAAGGAGCAGACGCUGCUCCCCGGGAAUGAUGCUCUUCGAACUAUAGACAGCAGCAACCCAGCGGAUAAUCGGUACAGCGAAUACGCCGAGGAGUUUUCCAAGCCGGACCCCGCCGUGGUCAGCCUGGAGUACGGCGUGGCGAGGAUGACCUGUUAGGCGCGGGCGGUGCUGCCUGCACUGGCUGCCGUGCAGGAAGCGGGUCACCGUGCGGCUGGUCCGUGUGUGGGACCGAAAGUGCUCUCAGAGUGUCCCGGUGGGUUAGCAGCUGGAGAGAGGCCGGUACCUGCUCUGGUGAGAGAAGUCAGGCAGUUUAGCUGCGUUUCUAGCAAGAUGUGAAUGACUAACAGUUCUUGAAGAAACGAGUGGUAUCGGCCCAUUUACUCCACACACGGUCCAUACUGUACUGGUGAAUUGACAUGUCUGUGAUUUACAUGGUAACCACAGCCAAACACGAAUAGCCUUCCUUAAGGAUAAUUUGAUUGCCAAAAACAAAACUGGCAAAGUGGUCCCUUAUUUAAUAGCUGCCACGGCAUGUACUUUCCGUUCUGUGACUGUAACUAUGGCUAUUUACAUAUUUUGCCUGUUAGUGAUGUUCAAAGUUGAAGUGCCAUGAAAAAUAUUUCUAAGAAAGCCUUAAACUCGCAGUUUAUUCAUUACAUUGCUCUUAAGUUCCGUUGCCUAGAGCAAGGCGGUUUGCCUUGUGUUGCCUUGGGUCAGCCUUGUGUUGCCUGUGAAGACCUGCUCAGCCCUGCAGGAGCUGCCCGCCCGGCGCGCGUGCGCAGACGGUUGUAGGACUGCUGAACUGCUGGGCCUUAUUUUGUGGUCGGCUUUAUUCCUUUGAUAACUGUGUAAGUUUAAAAAGCUAAAGCUCUGAACUGUUCUUACAAACAAUGAAUAGUACAUAUACGUAUAUUUUAAAAUGGUUUCAUGUCUCAUUGAGUUGCUCUUCCUAGAAUAAACUUUGUUUACCCAAGAAUUUUGGGGUUAAGAAAAAGAGAAUCUAGAGAGUUUAGAUUUUGCUUGGUUGCAUGAAGUUUUCUCUGGAACAUUUUUUUCUUUUCUGUUAACAAAGAAGAAGAAAGAAAAUUUAAGGAUAGCCUAAUACAAAGUUAACAUGUAACAGAAAUUUAAGUGCCAGGGAGAGUUUCAUUUUGCCGUGUUGUGUUAACUCUUUAUUCUCUGUACUAGUAUGUGUUAUUAAAUUACCAAAAAAAAAAAAAAAAGAUAAAAAAGUCACUUUCCAUUGACAGUAUCACCCAGCUGGCUUUAAAUGGACCAUUUAACAUGGGUGGCACGAGAUAUACAGUUCAAGGACACCAGGAACUCUGCAAAGGGUCCCUUAUGCUUUUUGUUACGCCUGUAUCUGUUAGACUAGUUUUGAGCAGAAACAGAUAUCUUUUACAAAUAGAAAAAAAAACUUUAUUGUAUGAGCUUAUCUAAUGGUAUUUAUUUUUCCAGUGCUUUUCUGUAAUGCAUUAUGUAAUAAGAAAAAUACUUCUUUUUAAACAGUAACAGAAAUGCACUAUAAAACAUAGUUUGUGAUUCAGCCAAGUCUAUUUCCACAUUUAGGCACUGGGACGGGAAACUUGACCUUCGUGAGCACAGAGGGAAGCUGUUGUGCCUUGUUACUUGUUUCCAGUUACUGAUUGUGAUUCUAGAAUCUUCUGUGGCAGACGUCUUAUAUUCAGCUCUUGGGUUUAUUAUCUUAAUCUUCAACUUGAGGCCUGGAUACAUGUGUUUAUGUGCUCACACAUGGACUGGGAAACCACUUAACAUGCCAAGUGACCUGCGGGGUAUAUAGUUGGCAAAAAGCAGACUCUGUGUGUGCCUUAUGAGGCUGGGUUUAUGUCCGUGUGUCGGGGUGUGUGGCAUAUACAUUAUUACAUAUAUUAUUUAAAAGGCCAUUACAUGUCUGUGUUUUACUUUGAAUUUGUUUUUUAAAAAACAAACGGGAUCCGGUUGUGGUGGGGCUUUCCCUCCUGUGAGCGCGUGGAGCUGCGCACCCCUGUCAUCACACCCUGAGGUUUGAGCAGCUCGGUUUGCAAAAGGGUGCUCAUGAAUAGCAGUUGUUCUGUACAAAAGUGUUCACGGGGGCGUCGUGGGCUCGGGUUCAGCAGAUGCAUUGGUGUCGUCACGUUUUCCUUUUGAUCCUGUCGCUUCCUGGCCUUAGUCAGCAUUUCACUGAGCCCUUACCGGCUUGUUGGUGGAGGGCGGUGUCCCGUGGGUGGGCCCAUCUACGGUGAACCGACCCUCCAGGGGCAGAGCUGAGUGUGAACCAGGGAGGAUGACUGGCAGAGAAGAGUAACUUUAUUUGGGGUAUUUUGAGCAGGUUCAUUAGGCUCAAAGUAGCUCAGGGAAUCUUGUCUAAAUAAAGGGAGUGGGAAGGCCUUUUUUAAAAAUAUUUAAUUGGUAGGGGGCAGGUGUGGGAUAAUGUCAGGUUAACCUCUUUUUUUUUUUAAGACUAUUCUUUUUAGAGCAGUUGUAGGUUCAUAGCAAAGUUGGAGGGAAGGUCCAGAGAUGUCCUGUGUACCCCCUGCCCCACACACGCACAGCCCUCCCCACUCAGCGUCCCCCACCAGACGGUACAUUCGUUACAGCUGAUGAACUUCCAGUGACAGGUCAGUCACCCAAGUCCAUCAUUUACCUUAGGGCUCACGCUUGGUGGUGUACAUUCUGUGGGCUUGGACAAAAGCACGUGGCCUUUACAGCGUCAUACAGUGUUUUCACUGCCCUAAAAAUCCUCUGAGCUCCGCCUGUCAGUCUUUCCCUUCCCCCAGCCCUUGGCAACCGCUGAUCUUUUCACUGUCUGCAGAGGUCUCCCACUUGCAGAGUGUCAUGUAGCAGGAGUCACGGCAUGUGUCACCUUUCAGAUUGCCGGCUUUCACUUAGUAAUAUACAUUUAGAGGUCUUCCGUAUUUUCUCGUGGCUUGAUAGCUCUUUCGUUUUAGCGCUGAGUAAUAUUCCAUUGUCUGGAUGUACCUCAGUUUAUUUAUCCCCUCACCUAUUGUAGCACAUUUGGGUUGCCUCCAGGUUGGCAGGGUUGGCAAUUAUGAAUAAAGUUGCUAUAAACAUCUGUGUGCAGGUUUUUGUGGAGAUGGUUUUCAGAUCUUUUUGGUAAAUACCAAGGAGCACGAUUGCUGGCUUCCAUGGUAAGAGUAUGUUCAGUUUGGUAAGAAACCAAUCUGUCUUCCAGAGUGGCUGCACCAUGUGCAUUCCCACCAGCAACGGGUGAGACCCUGCAGCUCCAUAUCCUUACCCGUGUUCGGUGGUGGCAGUGAUCCGAAGUUGGGCCUUUCUUGUACAUAUAACAUAACCAGCCCUUUUUGACUUUUUUGUCUUGUGCAGAAGGUCAGUUUCAGAAUUCUGGACAGUUUCAGGCUGGCUGUCUAAGUUGGAUGAAAUGCCUGUGGCCAUCUGUAGAACUAUACAGAGCAUUUGCAGAUUGUCAGUGACAUUGAUCCAUUUUCAUUACCUGGGGUUUAGCUGUUUUGUUGGCUCUUCUGUGCAUUAGUCCAGUUGGCAUUAGCAUAUCUUGAUUAGUUAAAUAAAGUGUAUUUUAAAAAUAUAUAUAACUAAGCUUUUAGGAACCUAUAUCUAGAGAAGAGGCAGCCUGUAAUUUAGAAUGAUUAUCUCAAAAAGUAUGUAUUAUUGUGCUUGCUAUCUUGUAAAAAAAUAAAUGCAGAGACAAUUUUA